GGGCGAAAACCAGCAGUUUGUGUAACCGCAACGUCAAAACCGCGACGGCGACGGACGAACAGAAAAGAAAAAAAGAAAGAGCCGAAUUCGGUCGAAGAGAGUGACGAAAGCGAAACCGGGGCGUGAAAAUUGAUUUUUCCCAAGUGUUAUCCUAAGAAAAGGAAUCCAAUUCGGGGUGUUGUUUCCCUGGGAGUUCCGGCAAUAUCGACGACGGAAGGUAACGGGUUUCGCGGUUACGUGGGAGCCCAGAUUCGAUUUUCGGGACGCGAGAGCGAAGAAGAUUCCGUGGUUUUAUAGAUUUUUCGCGUAACCAGUGGGCAGCCGAGCAGCGAAGAGAAGAGUGACGGAAGGGAAGUCGAGGAAAGUGUGCUGGAAGAAGUGCGUUUUGUGUUUGCCUCUGUGAGUGGAGUGUUUUAUCGAUCCAUUUAGGAUUUUCUGCCUAUUCUCUUUCCGGAUCGGAUUUCGAACGGAAAGUGGUGUUGUGUGUACAGAGAAGGUUUUCUCCGGAAGAAAAGCAAUCAUCCCCCGGGGUUGAAGUGGAAUAAGAUUUUGUUUAGAGCGCGGAGCGGAAUUUACAUCAUCCAGUAAUAAUCCUGACGGGAGCAAAAAUACACCCAUCAUAACUAAUCAGUAGGAGCUUCAGGAAUAGCAGCAGCAGCAAAGAUGUCGAAUAAACCAGCGCAAUUGCUUGUUAUCGAGCCUGCGAACGAGCUGAAAUUCGUAGGACCAUUCUGCACAGCUGUCUCAUCCUAUAUGCGAUUGACGAACCCGACGGAGCAUGUCAUCUUGUUCAAAAUCAAAACAACCGCGCCUAAGAAAUACUGUGUGCGUCCAAACUGUGGAGUCCUAGAACCAAAGACCACGAUCGAAAUUGCAAUUAUCCUUCAACCAUUCAUCUUCGAUGCGGCCGAAAAGAACAAACACAAGUUCAUGGUGCAGUCGAUGAUCAUGCCGGAAGGCGACGUCAGCACCGAACAGCUAUGGAAGGAUGUCAGCCCGGAUGACCUUAUGGACUCUAAACUGCGGUGUGUAUUCGAGUUGCCGGCCGAGACAAAUCAGACCGCACCGGGGGCGCCAAUCACGGCUACUAGCACUACUACCAGUCAGUCAGCUAACGCUACACCGAAUAAGAACGAAUCGGGUGUGCCAGUGGCAGAUACACAGUACGGUGGCAGUGGCGUUAGUAACGAAGAAGACAAGGACGGAUUGAUGCAGGAAGUGAAGAAACUGCGGGAAUCUGAAUGUUCCUUACGUCACGAGAAUCUGAUGCUAAAGGAAAAACUGCUCCGAAUGCGACUAGACUUGGAAAACAGCGCCAAGGAACAACAACAGCAAUCGUCGGUUUCCAGCGGACUGGGAUCGGGUGGUUCACCCUCGUCUGUAUCGGCAGCGGCGGCGGCCCAGUACCAGAACCCGUACAGCCCGCCCCAGCUGGCCAACCAGCAGCAGAUGCCGAUCGUGUACGUGGCCGUCGCGAUUGCCAUGGCCAUAUUUGGGCUUAUUCUGGGAAAGUUUGUGCUCUGAACACUGAACGACACCGGAAGCGGAAGUGGCAGUGGUGUGAGCUCUAACAACAGCGACGGCAAUGAUAAUAAGUUGAAUAAUUGAGUUCAGAGUGUAGUAGCAUAUAACAACAUAAGGCAAACCAGAAGAAGAUGAGAAACUAUUUAAAGGCAUAUAGGUUGGGAAUUGGGAUGGGUGAAAAACACACGAGAGAAAAAUAAACUUAUAUGAGGGACAAAACCAUGCAUGUAGGCGUAAUUAAUUGAACACUAAAUAAGGUACAGUGGAGUAAGCGACAAAAGAGAGCAAAAUCCGUAAUAACGAUAGUGACUCCUGUAGUUGUUAAAUUUUUGGGAUCGUGUUUUUCGCUUAACCUACUCUACUUUGAGGAAUAUAGGAAACCGGUAUGGCAUUCAUUGUACUACCAACAAUAAAAUGAAACAAACACAAAAUCAGUUCUCGCUGUAACGGAAACCCUAGCAGUUGAAACAAGUAAAUAAGCCCUAAAUGGUUAAAAUGAAGAUAAAUAUACAAAAAAGAACAAUGAAAUCAAUGUGAAGCUGAACUAAAACUAGAAUAACUCGAAAAGAAAAAAAAAACAUUCGCGAAAGAGAACAAAAAGCAACUGUUAAAACAAAAACUAAAUCAAACAUCGUCUGCCAGUGGCAGGUUCCAUGGACAAAAAGAUAAAACAUUAUGAAAACGUAUUUAUCCUAAAAUUAAAAGAUACAAAAAAAAACAAAAUUGCCAGAUGAAAGCAAGUUACAGGAAAUGAGAGAGUGAUGAGUUAUCGGAUUUUCUCUUGUUGCUAAUUUUUACCAUCAACUAAUUGAGUCAACUUUCAUUUGGAAGCAAUUGAAAAACGUAAAACAACAACACUCACAUAUAAACAAACACACGCAUUACCAAGAUGCUCUCGCUUAGACGUAGAUUUAUUAAAGAAACAAAAGCAAGAUAAUGGAGCUGUUAAGUCAUCCCACAGUUAGGGCGAAUGUUUCCUAUAGCGGAAAUUAUGAAGGAAACGUACGCGCUAGAAUUUCCUCUCGCCCAACAGGACGACGCGAGGGGAAGUGGUGUUAAGGAUGAACCCGCGCAAUCCGAAGUUUUGAGAUGAAGAAUCAUUAUUACCAACUAAACUACCAUGCCACGCUAUUCAAUUUAUUCGUUCGUUACGCGCUGGCACCGGACGGGGAAAGACAACAAAAAAAUCGUGUCGUGUAGUGAUUUGAAAUUUUUCAAACAGCGAAAGCCCUUCUCUAGAGGAUAAGAUUACCAACUAAACACACUACCGACUACUACGAAUAGAAAACUAGAAUGGAGAAUACAACCAAUAGAACUGGCGAUCGAAAAAGGGGGUAGAGAGCAAGAGCCGUACAUAUUUGUUACGUUUAUAGGUUGACCGCAGAAACGUCUUCUAUAACCAGUUUAGGAUGCAUACCUUUACGCUUUUCUGUGCUAAGUGAGCUACUACAGAGAUCACUCUGAAUGACCUGUUAAAAGUGCGGUUUAAUUUUUUUUGUUUAAGAUUAAGUCGAUUGAUUUUUUUGGGAAACGCGAUAUACCAGAAAGGGGGUGGAUUGGUUCGGUGAAACCAUUUCGAGUGUACCGGGAGGGAUAGGAAGAAAACAUAACAACCCAAAAUAUAGAUUGUGCACUAGGGAAAGGAAUCAUUUAUUAUUCAUAGAACUAACAAUCGAAUCGAACACUACAAAAAUACAACUGUUUGGAGCGCAGCUUGAACGCAGAACAAAAUGAGGCAGUUUCUUUCCUAAUUUUUUGAAAUGUAAUGCAAUAACAAACUGGAAGCGCCUAGGUUUCCUUGUCGGUGUUGCUCUGCUAAAACAGCACAAGACGAGCGCUCCUUGUCGAUGCAAAAAAAAA